AUGUCGUGGAAGAGGAACUAUUUUGCGUCGGGCGGCGGAGCAGUAGGUGCGGCGCAGGGGCUGGUGACCCCGAGAACCAUGACCUCUAUUGCACCCAGCAAAGGCCUGAGCAACGAGCCGGGACAGAACAGCUGCUUCCUCAACAGCGCUCUGCAGGUUCUGUGGCAUCUCGACAUCUUUCGCCGAAGCUUUCGACAGCUGACUACACACAAGUGCAUGGAGGACUCGUGCAUCUUCUGCGCUUUAAAGAGUAUCUUUGCUCAGUUCCAGUUCAGCAGUGAGCGUGUGCUGCCAUCAGAUGCACUGCGGAGCGCUCUGGCCAAGACUUUCCAGGACGAACAACGCUUUCAGCUGGGUAUCAUGGACGACGCUGCUGAGUGCUUCGAGAAUCUCCUGAUGCGUAUCCACUUCCACAUCAGCGCGGAGAGUCGAGAGGACAUCUGCACGGCCAAACACUGCAUACCACACCAGAAGUUUGCCAUGACUCUGUUCGAACAGUGUGUGUGUAACAGCUGUGGAGCCACAUCAGACCCCCUGCCCUUCAUUCAGAUGGUUCAUUACAUCUCCACUACAUCCCUCUGCAGUAACCAGGCGGUGAGGAUGCUGGAGUGCAGAGAGAAGGCCACACCGGACAUGUUUGGAGAACUGCUCCGCAAUGCCAGCAACAUGGGAGACCUGCGCAAUUGCCCUAGUAACUGUGGGGAGGUGCUGCGUAUCCGUCGGGUGCUGAUGAACUCACCGGAGAUUGUGUCCAUCGGGUUGGUGUGGGACUCAGACCACUCGGACCUGGCGGAGGACGUCAUACACAGCCUGGGGACUUGCCUUCGUUUGGGAGAUUUGUUCUACCGUGUGACAGAGGAGAGGGCUCGCCAGGCGGAGCUCUAUUUGGUGGGCAUGGUGUGCUACUACGGCAAGCACUACUCCACCUUCUUCUUCCAGACCAAGAUACGCAAGUGGAUGUACUUCGACGACGCCCACGUCAAAGAGAUUGGCCCGAAGUGGAAGGACGUGGUGUCUCGCUGUAUCAAAGGCCACUAUCAGCCCCUGCUGCUGCUCUACGCUGACCCCCGUGGGACGCCGGUGAUACUGCAGGAGAGCCCCAACCCCUGUAGCAGCUCCAACCCGCAGCUGGAGCUCCAGCACUGCAGCAGCAAGGCUGGUUACGACAGCGAAGACUCCGGUCGGGAGCCGUCCAUAUCCAGCGACACUCGCACUGACUCCUCGACGGAGAGCUCCAGUCACCGCGCCUCCCGCAGCCGGCCUCUCCACCAGUCGACGGGCAGCCACCUCUCCAGUGAAUCCCAGACCACAGUGGUCUGUAAUUACGACAUUGGCACACCACCACCACACAGUGCUGACGCCAGAGGUAAUGCUGAUUCAGCGGUGGAGGGUCCUCCCUGCCCUCCCUCUCCUCCCCUGCCGGAGUACAAGGAGACGGCUGUCUUCCUCCUCUCCUCCCGCCGGCCCCUGACCUCCUCCUCCUCCUCCUCUCGGCCCCUGUCCUCCUCCUCCUCGUCAGGAGUAGGGGGCUGUGAGAGUGGGGCAGGUGGCCCCCACUGGGAGGAUGAAAGCACCAGCAGUGAGAGCAAGUCCAGUUCUUCUGGAGGCCGCUACAGGCCGACCUGGAGGCCCAGGAGAGAGGCCCUGAACAUCGACAGCAUCUUCACCCGCCAGCGAGGCUCCUCCCUGGGCUACAACACGCUGCCUGGUCCCUCUCUCCCUCCAGAGCCCCACGACUCCCUCCCUUUGGCGGGACCCGCUCCACCCACACAGCCAGGGCUGCAAGACGUAGAAGGGAGGGACAUCAGGGAGUUGGAGGUGGGGUUUGGGCUGGUCGGGCAGCCCAGGUCUCUGGGCGGCGGGCGGACCAUGGGUCCCCCUGCUCCUCCACCUCUGAGAGGGGUGGAGCACCAGCCGCGUCUGAUCCAGAGGAUGGAGAGUGGCUACGAGAGCAGCGAGAGGAACAGCAGCAGUCCAGUUUUUGUCUCUUUCUCUCUGUGUGUGUAUCCUUUUCUUUCUUUCCACAGGGAGGUGGGGCAACAGAAACGAGCGCUAAUGUCAGGACCUUCAUGGCGUUCGGUGCCCAAGUCAAAGAGCAGCGGUGCCAUCCUGCAGGAGCUGCCCUCGCCCAGCUGGGGUAGGGUCUGCUUUUUGUGUUCCGGCUCAGGGCGCAGCGAGCUGGACGAGCUGCAGGAGGAGGUGGCGAGAAGAGCCCGCCAGCAGGAGCAGCAGAAGAGGAGGGAGGCCGAGCGGGAGGCCGCCAUGGGAUUCAACCCCAAACCCAGCAAAUUCAUGGACCUGGACCAGCUCCAACACCAGGCUGUGCUCAGACCCCUGCAUGAGGCUAACGCUCAUAGCGGAUUGGCUGUAGCUGCGUGCAUGAGGAGCACUGGGGGCCCAAUCAAACGCAGGCAGGAACAGGAAAUGGAACUGGAGGCAGGAAGGGCCCGUCCACAGGGGCCUCACAGUGAACAGCCUGGCCCGGUCCAAGUACUGCUGACGCCCAAUCAGGAGGAGGAAGAGGACCCGGCAGUGCCCAACCAGGAUGCUGCUCCGGGCCCGGACCCGCCCCCUCCACCCUAUCGGCUACCUGCUCCCCCCCGACCCCCGUUCACCCUCAACAUCGCUCACCCUUGCGCCCCUUCCGGCCGAGGGGGGGGGGAGGAGGAGGAGGAGGGCGGCGGAUGCGUGGGCAGGAGAAGGGAGGCAGAGGAGGGUGGGAUGGAGGGCACAGGGGUGAGGCUGUGUGAGCUGCUGCAGGCAGGGGGGGUGAGCGUCAGACCUCUGGGGAAGCACCUCGCCAUCUCUCUGCCCUCGCUCCCUCUGCGUCUCUGGGAUACACACGCCACACACACCGCACACUCCACACACCUUGAACCCACACACACCCCCCCUACCCCUCUGCCCUGCACUCCUCCCCCGUCCUCCCCUCUGGAAGCCUCUGGGCAGAGGAGAGCUCCCGCGCCGCUGUGGCAGCCCCCCCGGCCCCAGUCCCCCACUGUGGCCUCUCAGCACUGGCUGAGGCACGGAGCCGCCUCCGACUGCGGCACGCGCCAUUGGUCCUCCUGGAGCUUGGACCGCCCCGACGCCGUGGUAACGCCAUACAGCACGCCCCCCGACUGCUGCGUUCCAUUCAGGCCACAGGCGUCCAGCCAGAACUGCAGCUACAGUUGCCAGUCCUCUCCAGGGCACUACAGCUCCCAGCAUGCUCCGGGGCAACACGGUGACCCGCGCUGUGACCACGAAGAGGCUGAGCUGUCUGAGCUCGACUCCCUUUACCAAGCCAGUCUGCAGGCCGGAAAGACAGGCUGCAGCCCAUCAGAGAGGCUCAUAUCCAGGGUGGGAGGACAGGCUCGCUCUAAGACCCCCAACGCAGACAUGGAGAGGAGUGUGUACGGGGCAGACUGCACCAGCACCCCCACCUACCUCAACAAGCCGAUGAUGUUGCGGGAUCUGCAUUUAGGGGCGGAGCCUGAUGAUGGGGAAAAUCUGAGGCAAAUGGGACGCAGCCUGAGCGGCACUCUAGUGACCUCUCGCCGCAGCCGCCUGACUGCAACCCGCAGCUUUGAGCUGUCGAGCAAUGCAGGGAGUUUCUGGCUGUGUCUGACGGGGGUCAAGCUGUCGUCUGACCAGAGUCCGGCUCUGCUUCACUAA